AUGAAUUUUUUCAAGUUCCUAUAUAGAGAACCAAUUAAACACGAAGUAAAUCAAAAGUUCAUAAAACAUGUUAUUUAUUCAAAUGAUGAUGAAUAUUAAGGAGAAUUAGUGAAUGAUAAACGGCAUGGAUAAGGUACUUAUAAGUUUGUCUCUGGCAAUCGUUAUGAAGGAGAGUGGAAAAAUCAUUAGAAACAUGGAAAAGGGAAAUUAUACUAUAAGAAUGGUGAAUUAUAUAUAGGUGAUUGGAUAGAGAAUAAAAAAUGUGGUGAGGGAAUGCAUUUUUAUAUUAAUGGUGAUAGAUAUGUAGGAGAAUGGAAAGAUGAUUAAAGAGAUGGAAUGGGGUUAAUCUAUUAAUCAGACAAAAACACUUUUUAUGGUAUAUAUACAUAGUAAUUAUAGGAUAAUUCAGAAUGAAUAAAAAAUUUGGAACAGGUUAUUUGUUUAAUUCAAGAGAGAGAAAAUAUUAUAAAUAAUAGUAUGAAUAAGAUAACCUAUUGGAUAAUGUAUAAAUAGAUGAACCACCUUUAUUUGUGUUAGAGAAAUUUCAUGUAAAGGCUGAAAAAAGUCAUGUUGAAAAAGAGAAAAUUGAAGAUAAUGUGAUUAAUGUUGAUGCAAGUCCUCCUAUUUAAGUAGAUAAUGAUAAAUAGAAAGAAUAAGUAGAAAGUUAAUAAGGAGAAUAAGAUCAGUAAUAAAAAGUAGAAUACAAAUCAAUAUAAUUAAUCAGUUCACAACAACAUGGAUUUUUAAGUUUAUAGGUUCUAGAAAAGAUUGAUUAAUUUGAGAAUCAAAAGAAUAGUAAUAUUCAUUAUUUAAAAUUCAGUGUAGGAAUGGUAAUUGGAAGAAGUAUGUGGAUGGCUUGAUUCACUUGAAUUAGGAGAAUACAAAGAAGAAUUUAUUAAAAAUUAAAUGGCUGGAAAGACACUUUAUGGAUUGACAGAUAAUGAAUUGAAAUAAGAUUUAGGAAUCUCUGUUUUAGGUCAUAGAAAGAAAAUAUUAUAAUCAAUAGAAGAGUAUAAAAAAUAUUAUAUGAAAUUUAUGGAAGGCAAAAUCAGAUUAAAAAAACCUUUAGAAUCUUUGGAAGAGAGAAAAGGUUUAUAUACAUCAAUUGAAUAAUUAAGAUUUAAAAGUUUAUUUUCAUAUAUGGAGAAGAUUGAAGAGGAAUAAAAUGAAUAUCCAGAUAAUAAUAAGAAAGAAUCAAGUAGUGAUUCUUAUAACAGUUAUCGAAAAAAAAGAAAUACAAAAGAAUCUUAAAAGUCUCCAACUAGAUCUAUCUCUAAUGAUUCUAANGUUAUUCUUAUUUAAUUAAUGAAUUUUUUCAAGUUCCUAUAUAGAGAACCAAUUAAACACGAAGUAAAUCAAAAGUUCAUAAAACAUGUUAUUUAUUCAAAUGAUGAUGAAUAUUAAGGAGAAUUAGUGAAUGAUAAACGGCAUGGAUAAGGUACUUAUAAGUUUGUCUCUGGCAAUCGUUAUGAAGGAGAGUGGAAAAAUCAUUAGAAACAUGGAAAAGGGAAAUUAUACUAUAAGAAUGGUGAAUUAUAUAUAGGUGAUUGGAUAGAGAAUAAAAAAUGUGGUGAGGGAAUGCAUUUUUAUAUUAAUGGUGAUAGAUAUGUAGGAGAAUGGAAAGAUGAUUAAAGAGAUGGAAUGGGGUUAAUCUAUUAAUCAGACAAAAACACUUUUUAUGGUAUAUAUACAUAGUAAUUAUAGGAUAAUUCAGAAUGAAUAAAAAAUUUGGAACAGGUUAUUUGUUUAAUUCAAGAGAGAGAAAAUAUUAUAAAUAAUAGUAUGAAUAAGAUAACCUAUUGGAUAAUGUAUAAAUAGAUGAACCACCUUUAUUUGUGUUAGAGAAAUUUCAUGUAAAGGCUGAAAAAAGUCAUGUUGAAAAAGAGAAAAUUGAAGAUAAUGUGAUUAAUGUUGAUGCAAGUCCUCCUAUUUAAGUAGAUAAUGAUAAAUAGAAAGAAUAAGUAGAAAGUUAAUAAGGAGAAUAAGAUCAGUAAUAAAAAGUAGAAUACAAAUCAAUAUAAUUAAUCAGUUCACAACAACAUGGAUUUUUAAGUUUAUAGGUUCUAGAAAAGAUUGAUUAAUUUGAGAAUCAAAAGAAUAGUAAUAUUCAUUAUUUAAAAUUCAGUGUAGGAAUGGUAAUUGGAAGAAGUAUGUGGAUGGCUUGAUUCACUUGAAUUAGGAGAAUACAAAGAAGAAUUUAUUAAAAAUUAAAUGGCUGGAAAGACACUUUAUGGAUUGACAGAUAAUGAAUUGAAAUAAGAUUUAGGAAUCUCUGUUUUAGGUCAUAGAAAGAAAAUAUUAUAAUCAAUAGAAGAGUAUAAAAAAUAUUAUAUGAAAUUUAUGGAAGGCAAAAUCAGAUUAAAAAAACCUUUAGAAUCUUUGGAAGAGAGAAAAGGUUUAUAUACAUCAAUUGAAUAAUUAAGAUUUAAAAGUUUAUUUUCAUAUAUGGAGAAGAUUGAAGAGGAAUAAAAUGAAUAUCCAGAUAAUAAUAAGAAAGAAUCAAGUAGUGAUUCUUAUAACAGUUAUCGAAAAAAAAGAAAUACAAAAGAAUCUUAAAAGUCUCCAACUAGAUCUAUCUCUAAUGAUUCUAAUGAAAGCAACAUUAGUGAUAAUAAUAAAUCUGUAAAAUUAAAAAGAUAGAAAAGCAAAAAAAGUAAAAAAUAAUAAAGAAAAGUUACAUUGGAUUUAUAAAAAUCUGGAGAUUCUGCUGAUGAUGAAGAAGGAAAAUAACAAUUAGCUUCUCCAUAUUGUAUUUGAUUUUAUCUAUUAUAUAGAAUCUCCAAAUAAAAUGAAUAAUAAUAACAUUAGUGAUUAAAAAAUAGAUAUACUUGUUUUAAAUGAUUAUGUAAAUGGAGCUGAAGAAAUUAAAGAUAAAGAAUCUAAUGUAACAUUUGAAUUGUCUAGAUAAUAAUCAACAAAUAAAUAAGAAUUAUCUGAUUUUGUAUCUUCAAAAAGUCCUCCAUAAAUUAAUAUAAUAAAUGAUGAAUUAAAUUAACUUCAAUUAGAAAAAUUGCAAUCUAUUACUUUAUAAUUAUCAAGAUAGAAAUCAGAAAUUAAUGGAAACAAAUUCUAAGAUUAAGAUUCAUCAAGUUAAGAAUCAGAUGUAUCUGGAAAUGAUUCAAGUUCAGAUUCAUCUGAUGAUGAAAAAAUAAAAAAAAAAUAAAAGAGAUAAAAAGAAAUCAGAAAAGAAAAAGAAAAAGAUGAUAGACAAUAACAUCAUUUACCAAAAAAACUAUUAUUUAUGCUUAAAGAAUUUGGCAUAAAUGAAAGAGUGUUAAUAGUUUUCCAUGAAUUGAUUAUAGGAUAAAUAAUAGGAGAAGGAGGAUAUGGAGUAGUACAUAAAGGUAAGUGGCUUGGUUAAGAUGUAGCUAUUAAAUCAUAUGGUAAAAGGAAAUCUUAAGGAAAUUUGAAAUAUAAAUUAUAAAUGGCAGAUUUUUUAAAAGAAGUUGAGGUUAUAUCAAAUCUACGUCAUCCAAAUAUUGUUUUAUAUAUGGGUGUGUGUAUAAGGAAGUAGAAUUACUAUUUAAUUACUGAAUAUCUAGAGGAAGGCAGUCUUUUCGAUCAUUUACAUAAAAAGAAAACACAUAUAGAUCAAAAAGCUUUGAUGUAAAUAGUUGAGGAUAUAGCAUUAGGAAUGAAUUAUCUUCAUGGAAGAAAAGUUAUGCAUUGUGAUUUAAAAUCAUCUAAUGUUUUAAUUGAUCAAAAUUGGAAUGUCAAAUUAUGUGAUUUUGGUUUAUCUAGAAUAAAUAAAAAAAUUGAUCAUAAAAUUAAUAAAGGAGCAAGAAUAGGUACACCACAUUGGAUGGCACCAGAAAUUAUGAGAGGAGAAUCCUAUUAAGAAAAAGCUGAUGUAUAUAGUUUUGGUAUGAUCUUAUGGGAAAUUAUAACCUAAUAAAUUCCUUAUGAAGGUUUAUCUUAAACUUAGAUUAUUGGUUCUGUAGGAUAUGGUUAAGAUUAAGUGCCAAUACCAUCUCAUAGCAAUCCUCCUAUUUUACUUUAAUUAGCAAAGAAAUGUUUAAAAAAAAAUCCAGAUGAAAGACCUACUUUUGCAGAUAUUGUGAAUGAAAUUUAACAAGGAUAAAAAACAGAUGCAAAAUUAAAAAGUAUUAUUAUUAAAUCUUAUAUAUUAGAAUAAGCAAUAGAGCAGCUCAUGGACUUUUUUAGAUGAACUAUCA